AUGUAUCACGAGAAAUUACACCUGGGUUCCUGCCUUACAAUUGUGCCAUUAGAUGCGUGCUCAUUAGGAAGCACUCGAAAGAGAUGGGGAGGAUGUUGGGGUGCAUUUUCUUGUUUUGGUUCACAGAAAGGUGGGAAGCGCAUUGUACCUGCAUCUCGCAUACCUGAGAGUAGCGGGCCAGCCUCUCAGCCAAACGGACCUCAAGUGGUUGGGUUGACCAAUCAAGUCACAGGACUAGCUCCUUCUCUCUUAGCCCCACCUUCUUCGCCAGCAUCCUUCACACAUUCUGCCCUUCCUUCCACUGCUCAAUCACCUAGUUGUUUCUUAUCCUUAUCUGCUAACUCACCUGGUGGUCCUUCAUCUACUAUGUAUGCCACUGGACCAUAUGCUCAUGAAACACAACUGGUGUCUCCUCCAGUCUUCUCAAAUUUCACUACUGAGCCAUCUACUGCUCCUCUCACUCCUCCACCUGAGUUGGCUCAUUUAACAACUCCCUCUUCCCCAGAUGUACCUUUUGCUCAUUUUCUCUCAUCUUCAGUGGAUCUCAAAAACAGUGACAAGGGUAACUACAUCACUGCAAAUGAUCUUCAAGCUACAUAUUCACUCUAUCCUGGAAGUCCUGCCAGUAGCCUUAUAUCUCCAAUAUCAAGAAACUCAGGUGACUGUUUAUCAUCCUCUUUUCCUGAACGGGAGUUCCGUCCACAGUGGGAUUCAUCACUAUCUCCUGAGAAUGGAAAAUAUCAGAGAACAGGGUCUGGAAGGGUGUCUGGGCAUGACCCUAAUAGUGUCACUAUGGCAUCCCAAGAUACAAAUUUCUUUUGCCCUGCUACCUAUGCACAGUUCUAUUUAGACCAAAAUCCUCCAUUUCCUCAUAAUGGUGGGAGAUUAAGUGUUUCAAAAGAUUCAGAUGUUCAAUCUACUGGUGGAAAUGGACAUCAGAGUAGACAUGCUAGAAGUCCUAAGCAAGAUGUGGAAGAAAUAGAAGCUUACCGGGCAUCCUUCGGUUUUAGUGCAGAUGAGAUUAUAACUACCACUCAAUAUGUGGAAAUUUCUGAUGUAAUGGAGGACUCAUUUACUAUGAUGCCCUUUACUUCUGGCAAGUCAACUAUGGAAGAAAACAUAGAGCCUUCAUUAAUGAAAGGAUUCAAAGCUCCGGAGACACAGGUAGCAUUUCAGAGUCUUAGAAGUCUUGGCUCAGAUCCAAGUCCAGUUGGCAAGGAAGCACACAAUCAGGCCCCUCUCUGUCAAGGAUAUGAAGACCAUAAAUCACAAAGGCAUUGUAACAACAGCUCUGGACUCAGCACACCGGAGAACCCUACUCUCGUAGAUGACGAGGAUAUAUUCUCAAAAAUGGAAUCUUCCAGAAUUAGCAGGAAAUAUAAGAUGGGGUUAUCGUGCUCCGAUGCUGAGAUUGAUUACAGGAGAGGAAGAAGCUUACGAGAAGGAAGGGGAAUGUGA